AAUCUGGGCUAGUUGACAUUUUAUAUUAUACUAUAGUAAACCUCAAUAGUUUGUGGGCAGAGCGAAAUAGAAGACUACACAAUGGCACUGCUCUGUCACCAGAAGAAAUUUUCAAGCAGUUGGAUCGAUUCAUCCGUGAUGCUAUCCUUGGACAUAAGAAAACAAAGCUUUUGAUCACCUAAUGCGCGUGGCUCGGGCAUGCGUAUGAGGCUCAGUCUACAUUGCACUUUGGUCAAAAAAUCCCUUAGACUCAACCUUGUUUUUAUUCUUUUUUGCUUUGGUUGACUCUAACUAGUUCUAACAUUUCGUAAUCUUUUACAACUAGCAUCAUUAUAAAAUGACAUUCACAUAUUUGGCAAAAAAAAACUUAUGUCGAACUUUUUAGAUCCUUAAUCAACCAUACAUGUAAAGUAAAUUCCUAAUGGUCCCUGAAAUAUAGAUGUUCACCUGAGAAGUUCGAUCGUUGGGUCAGUUGAAUAACCUGUAUCGUAAUUAGUGCUUUUGUGUGUCCGUGCAUGAGUUUUAUAAUACAAAAAUGUGACUCAGAUUUGGCUUUCAUUUUGUUGUGGAUCCCAUCAUGUUCUCUCCACUGACCCAACCUAUUCAAUCCUUAACAUGUUCGUCAUAUUUUGUCUCUAAUUAUCUAUAAAUAGAAAAGUCUCAUUGCACAUAAAUCAUCAUACUCUCUCAACUUCAUCUCAUUUUGCAUAUCUCUUUCUCGAUCUCUCGCAAACUCCACAAUUUACCUUUUCUCCUUAAUCACCUGUUAUGGCGAAUUUAAUUCUUAAGAAAACUCUUAUCAUACUCUUAAUCAUAUUUGCAUCACCAAUCUUUAGUACUCACGCUCGAAUCCUCCAUGAUGAUCGAGUUGCAAACAUGGGCACUAUGGAUAGUCAUGCUCUGCUACGGGAGCUCGGGUUUGAUCUCUCCAAGUUCAAAGGUCAUAACGAGAGGAGAUUUCUAGUGAAUUCGGACAGGGUUUCACCGGGAGGACCUGACCCGCAACAUCAUCACUGAAUGGCCCUUACGAAUAUGUACACUUCACCCGAAGUCCAAGCACAAAUAAUUGUGACUGAUCCAUGCAAGUCAUUUGAAUAUCGCUAUUAUGCUUUCUUUUUUUUCCUCAUAAAUCUUACGUACAAUUUUGUUGUAUCAAGGUUUUGGUAUCCUUGUACCUCUUUAUCUAUACAUCAAACUUUUACUAUGUAUGUUUUCGUGUGUCUCCAAUGGGUUACCUUUUAUGUAACAGCAAUUGGCUAUAAAUAAUAUACCCCGGUGUUUUCUGU